UUUAUGUGGGUUUGCUUGAAGGCUGCAUUCCUCAUGAAGUAUUCCAUCACACUGCUAUUAUUCAGCUGAAUGGGAGCUUGAGGAACUUUAGAAGGGAAGAAACAUCCAGAUCGCGCAUUUUUUGGUUUGUAAAUGAUAUGAAGAACAUAAAAUGCUGAUAAUUCAGCUUAGGGAACCACCAACACAGGACAAUGCAAGCCCACGAGCUGUUCCGGUAUUUUCGAAUGCCAGAGCUGGCUGACUUCCGACAGUACGUUCGCACUCUGCCGACCAACACGCUCAUGGGCUUUGGAGCUUUCGCAGCCAUCACCACCUUCUGGUACGCCACGAGACCCAGAGCCCUGAAGCCACCAUGCGACCUCUCCAUGCAGUCUGUGGAGGUGGCGGGUAGCGAUGGUGCUCGGAGAUCCCCGCUACUGGAUAGCGAUGAGCCCUUGGUAUAUUUUUACGACGAUGUGAGAACCAUAUACGAAGGCUUCCAGCGGGGCAUUCAGGUGUCAAAUGAUGGCCCUUGUUUAGGCUCUCGGAAGCCAGACCAGCCCUACGAAUGGCUUUCCUACAAACAGGUGGCGGAGAUAGCCGAGUGUGUGGGCUCAGCGCUAAUCCAGAAGGGCUUCAAGACUGCCCCAGAUCAGUUCAUUGGCAUCUUCGCUCAGAACAGACCUGAGUGGGUGAUCAUCGAGCAGGGAUGCUUUGCGUACUCUAUGGUGGUCGUUCCCCUCUAUGACACCCUUGGAACAGAAGCAAUCACCUACAUAAUUAACAAAGCUGAACUCUCUCUGAUUUUUGUUGACAAGCCAGAUAAGGCCAACCUCUUAUUAGACGGUGUAGAAAAUAAGUUAAUACCAGGCCUUAAAAUCAUAGUCCUCAUGGACUCCUAUGGCAUCGAUCUUUUGGAACGAGGCAAGAGGUGUGGCGUGGAAAUCAUAAGCAUGAAGGCCAUGGAGGACCUGGGAAGAGCCAACAGACAGCGGCCCAAGCCCCCUGCACCUGAAGAUCUCGCAGUAAUUUGUUUCACCAGUGGAACCACGGGCAACCCCAAAGGAGCAAUGAUCACUCAUCGAAAUAUAGUGAGCGAUUGUUCAGCUUUUGUGAAAGUUACAGAGAACAUAAUCAGUCCUUCCCCAGAUGAUACUUUGAUAUCUUUCUUGCCUCUCGCCCAUAUGUUUGAAAGAGUUGUAGAGUGUGUAAUGCUGUGUCAUGGAGCUAAAAUAGGAUUUUUCCAAGGAGAUAUCAGGCUGCUUAUGGAUGACCUCAAAGCACUUCAACCCACAAUCUUUCCUGUGGUCCCUAGACUGCUGAACCGGAUGUUUGACCGAAUUUUUGGGCAGGCAAACACCACGCUGAAGCGAUGGCUACUGGACUUUGCCUCCAAAAGGAAAGAAGCAGAGCUUCGCAGUGGCAUCAUUAGGAACAACAGCCUGUGGGAUAAACUCAUCUUCCACAAGAUACAGUCGAGCCUGGGAGGAAAAGUCAGGCUGAUGAUCACAGGAGCCGCGCCCGUGUCCGCCACCGUGCUGACGUUUCUGAGAGCAGCGCUCGGCUGUCAGUUUUACGAAGGCUACGGACAGACGGAGUGCACUGCCGGCUGCUGCCUGACCGUGCCGGGAGACUGGACAGCAGGCCACGUCGGUUCCCCGAUGCCUUGUAACCUUAUAAAACUUGUUGAUGUGGAAGAAAUGAACUACCUGGCUGCCAAGGGCGAGGGCGAGGUGUGCGUGAAAGGGCCAAAUGUAUUUAAAGGCUACUUGAAGGACCCAGCAAAAACAGCAGAAGUUCUGGAUAAAGAUGGCUGGUUACACACAGGGGACAUUGGAAAGUGGCUCCCAAAUGGCACCUUGAAGAUCAUCGACAGGAAAAAGCACAUAUUUAAACUGGCACAAGGAGAAUACAUAGCGCCUGAGAAGAUUGAAAAUAUCUACGUGCGAAGUGAACCUGUGGCUCAGGUGUUCGUCCACGGAGAGAGCUUGCAGGCAUUUCUCAUAGCAAUUGUUGUACCAGAUGUUGAGACGUUAGGUCCCUGGGCCCGAAAGAAAGGACUAGAAGGCUCCUUUGAGGAACUGUGCAGGAACAAGGACGUCAGAAAAGCCGUCCUGGAAGACAUGGUGAGGCUGGGGAAGGAUUCUGGCCUGAAACCCUUUGAACAGGUCAAAGGCAUUGCUCUCCACCCUGAAUUAUUUUCUAUUGACAAUGGCCUCCUGACCCCAACGAUGAAGGCGAAGCGGCCCGAGCUUCGGAAUUACUUCAGGUCACAGAUAGAUGAACUUUAUUCCACCAUCAAAGUUUAACGCGAGGAAAAAACCACACACCUCCAGUCUCCCGCUGAUGGCCUUCACGUUGGUAAUUUGGACUAGCGCGCACAUAGGAAAGGGAGUGUCCAGAUUUGACUUGUGCAUUCGGGGUUCUUGUCAUAGGAAUAUUAGAGGAAACGGAACACUGCCUUACAGUCACCCGUGUUGCAGACCAUGUUUAUGGCGAUACACAAUUUCCAAAAUGAGCCUUAAAAUUGCAAAGGGGAAACUAUAAAUGUGCUAAGUUAUUUGAGACUUCCUCAAUUUAAGAAAAAAAAAAGGGGGGCGGGUGAACACUUCUGUCUCCCUGUUUUUCUAACCAAGGGGUUAGGACUUUGCUAUUUCUGAGAUGUCUGCUACUCGCUGCAAAUUCUGCAGUCGUCUGCUGCUCUGACAAGUACAGUGCACUGGAGGGAAGCUGUCCCUUAAAAACAAGAACUGUCCCAGCUGGAGAACGUCACAAGUGGACCAGAGAUUCUUUCUUAAUCCCUGCCUCCCACGCGCCCGGACGACCCUUCUAGAAGAUGCCGGGUUCCGGAGCCCCCAUGUACUGCAGUCCCUGUGGUCCCCUCGGAGCACAAGGUUCCCGGUGCAGAAGAGAACAGAUCGAGCUCAGAACAGCUCAGACACCAAGUCUCGGAUGAAUGGCUGCUCACCUGAGCCAAUGGAUUCUGGGGCCCAUGGAGCAGAAUGUUCUCAGACUCUUCUCCAGACCCGAUCCUCCCCACCCCCAUCCCAGCCCAGGGGUUAGAAAAAAUCUGCCUUAGACUCUGCAGUGAAGACAAGCAUUUCAAGAAGGAAAUAAUUACCUGGAUCAACCAUGCUUAACUGUGACGCCUCAUUAACUGUCCACUUUAUCUUCACCGAACCAGUCAUUCUUCGUUUGUGAUGGCCAAUGGAUUUUUAAUGUGGUUUUCAUAUCAAAAGAUUGUGUUGUGAUUAACUGGCUUUUUCCACACACCCCCGUCCCCCAAAUAAAUUCUCAGGCAGGGAGUGUCUUUAAAAAUAGUAAGGGAAUAGAUAUACUCGGGUACUUAUUGAAAUGGACAGUAAUAAACAAAUGCUUUUAUAAUGCUACCUGGUUUUUAUGAAAUGUCUUUGACAAGCCAAAAUUCUACGGUGUAGCGAUCUGGAAAACUCAUUUCCUGGGAUUAACUUCUCAAGGGAUUUAAAACAAAAAAAGUUAAUGUGGGAAAUUAGCUGCAUUUCACUUUACUGAAAGUCUUUGCCACGUGUGAUCGAAUUAAGUUGUCAUUUAUACAUGGAAAGCACUUGGUUUUGGGGUUUGUGAGAGUACGUGUAUUAUACAAGCACAACAGGGUUUGCACUAAAGAAUUGUCAUCGUAGUAACACUAUUUGGGAGCCUAACUUCAUACGUGUAUUCUUAAUUGCACAAAAAGUCAAUAAUUUGUCACCUUGGGGUUUUGAAUGUUUGCUUUAAGUGUUGGCUAUUUCUAUGUUUUAUAAACCAAAACAGAAUUUCCAAAAACAAUGAAGGAAACCAAAAUAAAUAUUUCUGCAUUUCAAGUGA